UAGCGGGAAUUAAGAGAGGUUACGAAGCAGUUGACGACAUAAAUUUUUUUAGAAUUGUAUAUAAAUUGUGUUUGAUUGGAACAUUGUAUUAAAAUUGUUUGUGGCUAUGAAAAAUUUCAAUACAUUUACCUAUAUAACUGUUCAUAUUUUUGCUCUGAUUUUAAUUGUUAAUUGCGAAGAUGAAAACUAUUUCGAGGAAGAAAUAAGCUCGGACGAAUUGAUAGAUCCACAUUCAUUUUUUUAUGAUAAGCAAAGUAAGAAGAUGAUUAAUGAACCAGAGUUGCGAAUGACUGACAAUUCCAGAGAAAACAGUAACAAUAUUCGGUCAAACUUGAAUCCUUCUAAGGAAAUAGAUAAUCAUAGCAGCCAUGAAGGAAUAUUUUAUAAACGUCUUGUUAAUUUACUGUUGUCAAAUAUUAAUAUACAGGCAAAAGAUGAAGUAUCAAUAAUAGGAAUACUGGAAAUUGAAAUAUCUCAUUCACAAAUGGAAAUAUUGCAAAAUUUCCACAUACAAAAGACAUCAUUAAGAGAAAUCGAUGAAAUUUUGAGUAACGUUAUAAAAAAGCCUAGAACUGAUUACCUAGCUGGAGUUAUGCAUGUUUUUGAUAUCAUAUUACAAAAAUUUGAGAUGAUACUUAGAACAGUACAACAACAUCCUGAUGGAGCUAUGAUUGUGUUUGCAAUGUUAAUGGUCUGUUUAACGUGUAGAUUAAUAAAAUGGGGGCAGGGAUUUCCCAUUUUCCUUUUUAUACAAGUCAUAUUUGUAUUGAGUUUUUUUAUGACUUGGUGGCAACUUAUACAGGAGGCCGAAGUUAAGUUUGCUGCAGCACAAAUGAAAUUUACAGACAUACCAGCUGUAUGUCAACCAAAUAAAAUGAAUAUGUGGGAUAAAUUUGUGUCAUUUAUAUCUACUAACGAAGAUUGUGAAAAAUAUUAUCAUGCGAAAAUGUCUAACCCAAAAUUAAAAAUUACACCUGCAUUUGCGCUAUCACAUUUUAUUACUACUGUUGUUCUUCAUCCAAUUACACACAUGGGUACAAUCGUAUCCGAUUUUAUAACUAACGCUACAGAUAAUCUUCCAUGGACAUAUGCAUGGAUUAUUAAAUGUAUACUUUUCUUAUGUGUAGGUUUGGUUAUAAUAAUAAUACCCUUCUGUUUAUCGGGCGCAUCCAUUAAUUUAGGUUUAGGACCACUACUGAGAUUUGGAAUUAAUGAUCAAAAGAAAUCUGAAAAAGGUAAAUCAUUACAAAAUGUAGAAAAACGAGAACCCGUACAAAUAAUUCUUCAGGUACCUCAUGCUACCAACGUACCAAUGAUACAAGACGUAUCAAAUAUUGAACAUCCAAAAGCUGUAAAAAUGUUGAAAAAUGAUGACGAUGGAAACAGUACCGAUAGAGAGGAUUACCUUGAAAAAUUAAAUGAAGAUUUAUCUUGUGGCGACACCAUAAAAAAUACAGAAUUUUCCGAAACCGAUGAUAAGUCUAAAACAGGCAAACGACGUGAUACCGCAAAGAUAGCAAAAAACGAUGGAAGGGGGGAUGGUUAAUAUUGUUUAUACCAUGACAUUUUUGUUAAUUAUAAAUAAGUUGUUAAUGCGUUGUGUACAUAUUGCACGUAAAUGCUUAAUUUAAUACGAAUUAUCGUUAUUAGUUUAUAUCUAUUAAUAUAUUUAAUGUACUCCGAAACUAUUUGUGAUUAUGAUAUGAUAAAGAAUCUACUUUAAGUAUUUAUUUCUCUAUAAUAUUAAACGCUUGUUUUACUUUUACUCACAUUACUACCAUUUAGUAUUACUAAUAAGAAUGCUAUCUGACGCGCUUUAUAAUUUAACGUGGCAUAACGAUACCUGUACUACAUAAUCAAAUCUGUAAAAUUGUAACUUGAAUAUUAAAAUACAUAUUUUCUUAAA